UCCCUCUCCGGCCUCUAGGUCACCAAGCUUUUCGUUAGAGCACACCUGUCACCACCGUUACACGCAUAAUGACACUCACCUGGACUCCAUCACAUCCUUGAUUACCUGUCCUUUAUUUUAUUCCCCAGUCGUCAUUGUUCCUGUUUCAUGUCGAUGCGCUGUUUAUGUUUCUGGUUUUGUUCAUUUAUUUCUUAAACGUAUUCACUCCCUGAACUUGCGUCCCGACUCUCAGCGUACAUCCGUACAAUCCGAAACGCAACCAAAAUAAACUGUAAAUACAUCCAACAAGUUUGUAGAGCCACAAGCUUGAUGUAGUCACAUGGUAAGAAUAUGGGACCGAAUACUAACGUUUCGACUACUUUAAUAUAAUAUACAAGUGAAUUUGUGUAAAAAAAUAAAAAAUAAAACACGUCUUCAAAUGGGGGGAAUAGAUAAAGCGCACUCAUUUCUAAAUGGUAAAACACGAGAAAUACCCUCAAAUAAAAGGUGACAUUCAGUACUGUCACCUCAUCUGAAUCAUUUGAUCACCAAUCCAAAACGUGGAAGUAUAGAGCGAAAUUUACACCGUUUAGCUUCACUGUCCAAAUAAAUACAGGCGAGUGUAGGUUACUUACUCAUUCACUUCUGUACCUGACCGCCAUAGAGCGGGUUCCAUCCCCAACCUGAACAAAUAACGCGACAUAUAACGGGCUCUAUAGAUAGCGUGAUCAGCUCCCAACCUCAUGUAUACACAAUUUUAAAUCCAGUAAUCUACAAGACCACGCCAGAAUGACUGCAUCUAAAAUAGGUCAGAAACCGCAAAUGCACGCCAGGUAAUUAUUUUAAGAGAAACAGCAGAGGUGGAUGAGGAAAUGCCUACACUUAUACCAUGUGUGUGUGGCAUCGUGUUAAAGAGAAGGAGAGAAAAGGAGAAAGAGAGUGGCGGACUAUAUUCAGUGAAUAAAUUGCAAACAGUUCUGAACAUAAACUGCAGGGAUCUAGUUAGAAUGAGCUCUCCCAACUCUCUAUCUGUCCACUGUGCUGCUAUGGAACCCUGACAGGCUCAUAAUCCAUACUGUUCAUUCGGUCAUGCAGUGCUAAUCUAAGAUCCCUCGCAGGUUGGAGAUUAACUAGUAGCAGAGAGAGCGAGAGGCAGUGACCAUAGAUUUAGGCCAAUAGCAUCACAGGGCAAACAUUGGCCAGGGACAGGAGAGAAAGAGUGGUAGAAAGACAAGAGAAGGAGGACAAGAGAAAGACCAUACAGACAUACAGACAACACAUACACAUUGAGACAAACGCUAGGAAUCCAGAAACUACGCCCACAAGCUAGUUUUACAAAGACAAGGAUGGCCACCACGAUUUCUGCCAGUAUCUAGUGAAGCCCACCUGAACACAACUCUACAGUCCGGAGUUGACACAUUGUCCACGUGCUCAGCGUGUCCAGUGGCUUGUGAACGAGCUAAACCCACUGCCCUGGACCUGCUGCGGGGGACACAGACUGGGAGAAGGAGGAGAGAGGGGAACAAGAGGACCAGUGCCAGGUCAGGAAAGAGACUCGAGCGGCACCUCCAAGGAGCCAUGAGGACAGCCAGGCGGGCCAGCACCGUGGAGGUGCCGUCCUUCCUCCGCCAACUAGCCAAGGAGACAGAGAAGAUGGUCACCUUCUUCUUUAAGGGGGGACAGAGAGAUGGCCAGGAAGGGAGCGAAGAGGACUUCAGUGAUGAGGAUAAUGGGCCGAGCGUCUACCUGGACCGGCCCGUCCUGGAUAAACACACGGCCGAGGGGAGGUCUCAGUGGGGGGUGAACUAUGCAACGGCCAGCAUGCAGGGCUGGAGGGCGCAGAUGGAGGACGCCCACACCUGCAUGCCGGAGAUGGGAGGGGAGCUGGCGGAGUGGGGCUACUAUGCAGUGUUUGAUGGACACGCUGGCAACACGGUGGCACAGUACUGCUCCCAUAACCUGCUGCAACACAUCCUCGCUACAGGGCGUGUAAAGGCACAGGAGGACCCUGACGACGUGAAGGAGGGGAUCGUCGAGGGCUUCCUGGCCAUUGACAGCCACAUGCACACACUGACGCGCCAGGAAUGCUGGGAGCGCAGCGGCUCCACGGCGGCCGCCGUCAUGCUCUCGCCGCAGUACGUCUACUUCGUCAACUGUGGCGACUCGCGGACGCUCCUCUGCCGCGACGGCCAGGUCAUCUUCUACACGGAGGACCACAAGCCCUUCAACCCCAGGGAGAAGGAGCGGAUACAGAACGCGGGCGGCUCGGUGACCCAGCAUAGGGUGAACGGCUCCCUCGCCGUGUCCAGGUCCCUCGGAGACUUUGACUUUAAGGAGGUGGACUGGAGGUCCCAGACUGAGCAGCUGGUCUCCCCAGAGCCAGAGGUGUACGAGCUGGAGAGGUCCCCGCAAGACGAGUUCCUCAUAGUGGCUUGUGACGGAGUGUGGGACGCCAUCGGCAACGAGGAGCUGUGUGCGUUCGUCCAUAGUCGCCUGCAGGUGUGCGAUGACCUGAGGGAGAUCUGCAACCAGGUCAUUGACCUCUGCCUCUAUAAGGGUAGUUUGGACAACAUGAGCAUCAUCAUCGUGACCUUCCCUGGUGCACCCCAGGUGUCACAAGAGGCCCUACAAAAAGAGGCCGAGCUAGAGACAAUCCUCGAAGCCAAAGUGGAAGAGAUUGUCAACUUGCUAAAGUCACGGGACAAGGACCCUGACCUGCUGUACGUGAUGAAGUUUCUGGUCUCUGAGGACAUACCUGGCCUGCCACCAGGGGGAGGAGUCACCAGCAAAAGAGACUGUGUCAUCUCUGCAUAUCAGAAGUUUGUAACGCCCUUCAGAUCUCUGGAACCAAUGGUAGGAGAAGACCAAACAUAGAGGGCACGCUCUUGCACUGUCUCACUAAACACAUAAGCGCAAACUGGACUACAAAAGUAACUAAGUUACUUUUCCCCCCUGACACGUAAUUGACGCGUCACAUUCCAGGACAUCGGAGGAUCUGAAGAGUCCAACUAGUCGUAUCCAUGGAAAUGUAUUCUUCAGCCUCACGUAUCCAUGGCGGCCACUUAGAAUUGGGGCCUCCGCUUUUCAGCUGAGCAAUCAGUCAAUAGCUAAAUAAAGAACUAUGGUGGGAGGGGGUGUGACCUGGGCCUGCCCUUAGCCAAUCAUCUCUUCUCUGUUCCUCAUUUGCACUGUCUAUCAAUAAGUCUACUGUAGCAUCAGAGAAUAUCAAAUAGUUAGCAUUAUUCCAGUAAGGGAAGAAUUACAUAUUCCAAAACUAUUCUUUAAAAAACAUGAUAAUUAGAUAUAAUAUUUAUUAACUUUCUUACUUUACACUUUACAGUGCCUGGGUAGUUAAUUUUCUUCAAGACUAGAAGCUAAUGAAUAAGGCUGAUCAUGUUAUUUCAUUUAAAAAUCAUACGGAUAUGUUUAAGCAGUGUGCAACUCCAUACUGCCGCAUCAAAUUCAAUUGAAAAAAAAACACCCCUUCAACCAUUGCAGACCAGUGAAGGCUCCGAUAUACAUGUGUCCUGUGAUGGCAUGGCCUACACUAAAUAAUCUGCAUAAUCCUAUGAGGGACCAUAGGUGACAGGAAUAGAUGUGUGUCAUGACGAUGAUGGACACCACAUAUGUCCAAGGGUGUGUGAAUGUGUGUGUGUGCGAGUGGAUAACAUGGGCUGUGGGAUUAUUAGCACACACACUGUAACCUUUUGCAGUUUGGAGCACAGACGCUCACAGUUAGACACGAUUGAGACCCGUGUGACAGGUAAAGAAGUACAGCUACAGGUAAAAUGUUCUUCUGCUUUUGAAAAUAAGCGGGUUUUUGCCGUUAGCACGUUUUUCUUUUCGAUUACAUGUCAUUGUGCUGCCUUACAAAGCUCUCUGUUGCGCUACGGUUACUUAAAUUCCUCCUUCGGAUCACACCAAACGGGUGGACAUAGUAGCUGUAUUCCAUGACAGAGGUCAAAAAGAGCUAGACUCGAGAUCAAACACUGCUGCGGCAUGUCCGUGUGAAUUCUAUGAAAUCGGGAGGAAGUGGGAUCCAAGAGCGCAACAGAUUACCACGAGGACUUUCACAAAUGUAUGUCAGUGAUUUGAUGACUGUAUGGGCAUCGCAUUUUAAGCCCUUAACUGACCCAAGGGGCAAUAAAUGAAUGAAAUAAAAUGACAUUCUGGGAUUUUUGAUAGAGCGGAGUGGGCUCUUACUCCUAAACUGUUUGAUAGAUACAGCACUACAGGGUUAGACUAAGGACAAAGGGAGAAGAAUACAAGACAAUUCUGUAACGAACCAUUGAUAUCGUUCCAGAACUGUCUUUUGGCCAGCUGUAUAUGCAUCUCAACCAGGGGGCUCAAAUGCGGGUUUUUGUUUUUUUCCUUUCAAUUAAGACCUAGACAACCAGGUGAGGGGAGUUAUUUACUAAUCAGUGACCUUAAUUCAUCAAUCAAGUUCAACGGAGGAGCAAAAACCUGCAGACACUCAGCCCUCCGGGGAACGUGUUUGACACAGUGAUAUAAACGAAGUAGGGAGCCCUUGCUCUAAUGAAGCCCUAACAAGACCUCAGACUCGUUGAGCACGGGUUCUCUGGAAUGUGUUGUCAGGGUGUGUCAAGACUCAACACCUCCACCCUAAUUGCUCUGGCCAAGAUUUCAUUUGACAGACACAGUGUCACUCACCUCCAUACCCCUUAAACACUAACAGGCAUUAAAAAUAAAUACACAACCAACUGGAUAGAACUGGUCUGCAGAAAGCACAUGCAGCAGAAGAGGAUAAAUACUAACAAGAACAGUAGAAAGACAAGAGCUCAAAGAACAGACUGUUGCCAGUUAUCAGUAGCCGAAUUGGAAUGCAAUUGAACAUGGAUGGUGGCUAUGGCAGCACGGCAGUGGGCUCUGGGAUGUCGGGCAGUCUGGGCGGCUCUGAGACGGUCCCACUGCUAAUCACGGACCCCGUACCAGAGACGCCGAA